UGAAGAAAUGGUCUUGUUUCUGCUGAUGUCUUUCUCCACGCUGCUUUUCAGAGAUAUUCUCGGGACUAUCACCAGUCAGCGCUGUCAGGAAGAUGAGGAAUCCAGCAAUGUCACAACAGGGAGCCCAUAUGCACCUUCAGGUCUGAUCUGUUACAGAGAGUGGAAAAAGGACAAUAAGCUAUUCAACUGCACAUGGAGGAGAGGGAAGGAUCUAUCAGAGUACCGACUGUGCUACUGCUGUGACACGUGCAAGACAUGCAGGUCGUUUGAGGUGGGAAAUAAAACCUCCUACAUUGUGGAGCGUGACAAUCUCUAUAUGAACAAAAACCUGACCUUCUGGGUCGAGACAGCAAAUGGUAACAGCAAGAUGAAGUCAGAGAAGCUGUAUGUGGUGCCAGAGCAGGCUGAAAUUAAGUAUAAGCCUCUGUCGAUCAAGAAAGUAAACCUGGCACGGUCAGCAGGGCUACUCACACUGAGUUGGGCAAAAUCGGAAAAGAAGAGGAUUUUCAAUGAGAUUCGCUAUCAAAGCAAGGAUGCUAGGGAGUGGAAACAGGUAAACUGCAGCUCCAGUGAAUUGAAGGCUUAUGAGAACUGUACAAUCCUGCUGGACGAGCCCUCUACAUAUAAACUCCAGAUUCGCAUGAUUCAUCAAAACAUCUGGAGUGAAUGGAGUAACGUUGCUUAUAUACCAGCAGCAAUCACCGAGAGUUUGGGCUUGCGGUGGAGACUUGACAACAAGCAGCACUGCCCGGGCAGGAGGAGGAUCAAGUUGGAGUGGCAGGCUCCGAGAGGUGUCAAAGCCGUAGGCUACAAUCUGACCUUCGAAUGGGCAAACAACAUGACUGGUUAUUCCAUCAAAUGGCAAAACACGAGUUACCAGACUACGAUCUCCCUUGCUGCAUACAAAGUUUCUAUUUUUGCCUUUAACAAAGUGAGCACUUCGCCAGCUGAAACCAUCCUCAUCCCGGCUGCUCGGCCUGAAGACAUCCCAGACUUAAACCUCACGGCUGUUGACAACCACACCUUGAAAGGCUCAUGGAUUCCUCACAAAGUCAAUUUCUACUGUGCCUUUCUAGAACUGGUGUCAACAGGAAUCAUGCAGCACAGAAUAUGCCAAUCGGUGAAGCACCAGGAAUUCAGGAAGAAAACGGGACACCAUCAGCCCACAGAGGUGGUAUUUUCAGACCUGGAGCCACAGAGACGUUAUCGCCUCACCGUCCAUGCCAAGGAUUCAAAGAAGAGUGACUGCCACAGCAAGGCCGGCCACACCAUCGGCUCUGCCACAGCCUGCACACAGGAAUACCCACCAACCCAUGGGCCCAUGAUGGUCAACGUAACCAACAUCAUGAAAAGCUCAGUGUUCCUCCAGUGGAAGGGGAUCUCCCUGGGGGAGUGCCAAGGCACCCUGCUGAAGUACCUCAUCAUCUACACAAACGGCUGGAAUCACACAUACACUGCUUCUGUUAAUGCUUGGAAGCUGAACUACACUCUGGUCAAUCUAAAUGCCUCGACCUUGUACACCGUGCAGAUCUGUGGUGUCACCACUGCUGGACAAGGAGCCAAGACCAUCCGAACUUUCCAAACCAGGGACUACGAUCACAGUGAGUUCAUGGCGAUCACCGUGGCAACGUCCUUCUUCGUCAUGCUUGCCGUCUUCGCUGUGGUUUCUCUCUGUUACUUCAGCUACAAAAGAACUGAACGAAUGGUUUGUCCCACUGUCCCGGAUCCAGUCAACAGCCUUGCUGUCAAAUCCAUACACAUAUCUAACCACAUCAGCCAAUGGGAGGCGUGCUCUGCUGAAGAGGACGUGACGGAUGUUCUCGUCGCUGUAAUCAGCCUGCAGAAUGAUACGAUCUUAUCUGGUGAGCCAGCUACAGGCGAUACGGUGCCCAUGACGGAGGAUGCGGGGUCUGCGGGUGAUGGCGACUCACUGGGCUUCGGGAGCGACUCUGCGUUUGAGUACAGGCGGCAGAUGGGCUCCCCUUUGGACCUGGAGGAGGACUGCAGCAGCGAGGCUGAUGUAGGUGUGCAGAGCCCAGUGCCAGAAACGGGUCGCGUUUGUCCACUUGCCCGUUUACACUCGGGCUCCAGGCUGAACCUUAGUGGAAACAUGAUUUCUCUGCUGUCCAUUUACAAUCAGACACCUGCGGAAGAGGAGCCAGCAAGGAGCAGUGUUGACACUUAGCGCACCGAACACAUGCUUACUCCAUCUAACCAGGACUGCUGGGCGUAUAGCUUCCGUCAGCAGACGUGGUGACCAGCACCCGCCCUCCUCUGCCACUGAGUUCUUCUAAAGGCAGCUCCUGUGGUUGAACUACGGAAGGUCUAGCCUUGCUCAGAUGUGGCCAGAGGUGAGAGCAUCCAGAGCUACAACUGGAGAUUAUCUUCACAUCUGGAUCCUCACCAGCCAAUAAUAAAGGGUUUAUUUAUUUGCCUGGGCUGCACUGUGACAUCCAGUUUGUGAAGUCUUCCUGAACAUUGCCUAAAUUUGUCUUAGCAUCAGUUUGCAGCU